ACGACGCCAGUUAUAAUUCGACGUUUUAUAACCUUUCCUCUCAACCAUCAUGAGGUGCGAAUGAAUGAAGCCGCAUUUUUGCAAAUUGCUGGAUUUCCUGGCGUUGUCGGGGUUAUCGACGGUACUCACGUCCGUAUCCAGGCUCCACACAAAGACGAGCCUGAGUUUGUCAAUAGGAAGCACUUCCACAGCCUGAAUGUACAAGUAAUUUUUGAUGCCGAGUACAAGCUGAUGGACGUGGUAGCCAAGUGGCCCGGGUCAACUCACGACGCACGGAUUCUGCAUGAGAGUGGCAUAAAGCAAAUGUUUGACCGGCGUCUCGUUCCCGGAGGAUGUCAUCUGCUAGGCGACAGCGGGUACCCAUGUAAAACAUGGCUCCUGACACCCUUCCUGAGACCUCAACCUGGCGACCAGUCACGCUAUAACAGUGUAUCAAUGUCAUGCAUUUGUAGGGCACACAAAAGAACCAGAAGUGUGGUGGAACGAGGAAUUGGCCAGAUGAAGAGGCGAUUCCAUGUUCUCCAUGGAGAAAUCCGCUUAACACCUGCCAAGACUUGCAAAGUAAUUCUCGCAUGCUCGGCUCUACAUAACAUUUGUAAAGCCCGUAACAUCCAGAUGCCACCAGAUGAAGCUGGUGAUUACCCUGACGAUGAUGAAGAGGAGGGAGACGAAGAAACGGAAGCCGCAGGAGCACCCAAUCCACAAGGACAUGGCCUGCGACAUCGUCUUCAGUUCACCAACAUUCACUUCCAUGGUACUUAAUCAGAGUAAAAUAAUAUGAUAUAUAUAUAUGUUUUUUAAUAUGACGGCCACUUGUGGGGCCGCCAAAAUUGGAUGUCAUAUCCAGGUCCGAAUAAAUGUCAACAAAAAUUUACAAUUUUAUUGUUAUGCUAGAAAUCUUUAAUAAAAACUAAACAAAUACACUGUACAUCCAAAUUUACGCUUACCCUCUGUACUAGCGUUAACGCGAUCGGCUUACGAAUUUUAGGUGCCAUUUUUAGA